GGAGCCCAGGGAUCCCGAGGCGAGCUUCAGGAGCUGCCUCCAGCGCCCGAGCCCGGCCGGGCCUGCGAGCACGGUCGCAAGACUCCCCUUGUCCCCCCUCUCCCCACCACCUCCUCCUCCCUCCAGCAGCUCCCGGCCGAGUUGCCCCAGAGACCGCGACGCCGCCGCCCCGAGGGACCAAUGAGAGCCCCGCUGCUGCUGCCGGCGCCUGUGGUGCUGUCGCUCUUGAUCUUCGGCUCAGCCCAUUAUACUGCUGGAUUAGACGUCAAUGACACCUACUCUGGGAAAGGGAAACCAUUUUCUGGGGACCACACUGCUGAUGGAUUUGAGGUGACCUCAAGGAGUCAGAUGUCCUCGGGAAGUGAGAUUUCUCCUGCGAGUGAAAUGCCUUCUAGUAGCGAACUGUCCUCGGGCAUUGACUCUGACUAUGCAGAAGAGUACGAUAACGAACCACAAAUAUCUGGCUAUAUUGUAGAUGAUUUAGUCAGAGUUGAACAGGUAGUUAAGCCCAAGAAGGACAAAACUGAAAGUGAAAAGACUUCAGUUAAACCCAAAAGAAAGAAAAAGGGAGGCAAAAAUGGAAAAAAUAGAAGAAAUAGAAAGAAGAAAAAUCCAUGUGAUGCAGAAUUCCAAAAUUUCUGCAUUCAUGGAGAAUGCAAAUUUAUAGAGCACCUGGAAACAGUAUCAUGCCAAUGUCAUCAGGAUUACUUUGGUGAACGAUGUGGGGAAAAGUCCAUGAAGAUUCACAGCAUGGCUGACAGCAAUUUAUCAAAAAUUGCUUUAGCAGCUAUAGCUGCUUUUGUCUCCGCCAUGAGCUUCACAGCUAUUGCUGUUGUUAUUACACUCCUGCUUCGAAAACGAUACUUCAGGGAAUAUGAAGGUGCAGCUGAAGAACGAAAGAAACUUCAACAAGAAAAUGGAAAUGCACAUGCCAUAGCAUAACUAAAGAGAAUAUUACAGAGUAUCAGAUCCGAGUCACUGCCAAGUCACAAUCCUGAG